GCAGUCAAAUACGGUGAACGUCAAAGAUCGAAACUUGAACCAUUGUGUGUAUCUGCUGUCAGUUGCGAAGUUGAAUUUUGAUGCGAUCGUUAUAAAAAUAACUGAGGCACAGCAUAAGUAAUUGAAGUGAAUCGCAGUCGAGUGCAAUGUCGGCCCUAUUCAAUUUUCAGAGUCUACUGACCGUCGUUCUACUCCUGAUCUGUACAUGCGCUUACAUUAGAUCUAUUGUUCCAAGUAUAUUGGACAGGAAUAAAUCGGGAUUUCUGGGAACUUUUUGGAAAUGUGCGAGAAUUGGCGAACGGAAAAGUCCAUAUGUGGCAUUCAGCUGCCUCUUCAUGGCAUUUAGCAUUUUGUUCUGUUCAUAAGCCGAGGCUCGAUGAUUAACUAU